GCUAUAAUGGUACGAUUAUACAACCUUAAAAUAUCAUAAAAACUAUACUUUUAACACCAGUCGUGGAUUGCCAUUAGGUUCAAGCUACCUUAGUGGUCUAGCCACUUUUCGAAGCUCAACCAAUGAUCGAACUUCGAUUACUCCUGGUUUCGGGUAUAAAUAAUCACCGUACAAUGCCAAACAGGUCAUUGGCACUGUUAGCAUUAUCAAAUUUGCUAACCCAUUUCAAGCUAUGGACUAUAAAGUUUUCUUAUACAUCAUUCUCAUCCAAACCCUUCUGGUCCUGCAUUUGUUUCCUCUUGCUUCUAAUGCCUUCCCUUCUCGCGCAUAUAGAUACCCUUUUGGAUAUGACGAGCUUAAUUACAACUUUUACGAUCAAUCAUGUCCUCGAUUGCCAAUGAUGGUUAAAUAUGGUGUUUGGUCAGCUUUCCAGAACGACUCUAGGAUAGCUGCAUCCCUUCUUCGGCUGCACUUUCACGAUUGUUUUGUUAAUGGCUGUGAUGCUUCUCUUCUUCUGGACGACACAGACGAUUUCAAAGGGGAGAAAAAUGCAUUUCCAAACCGGAAUUCAGUACGUGGGUUCGAAGUCAUCGAUGCAAUAAAAGAAGACGUUGAGAGAUUUUGCCCGGAAACUGUUUCAUGUGCUGAUAUUCUAGCUCUUGCUGCGAGAGAUGCUGUUCUCACGGCAGGAGGACCCUUUUGGUAUGUUCCACUAGGCAGAAGAGAUGGAAUCACAGCUAGUCAAAAAGCAGCUAAUGAACAAUUACCCUCACCAUUUGAACCUUUGCAGAAUCUCACAGACAAAUUUUUAUCUAAAGGACUCGACUUGAAAGAUCUGGUUGUCCUCUCAGGAGGGCAUACGAUAGGUUUCGCCCAAUGCUUCACAUUCAAGAGGAGACUUUUCGACUUCAAGGGUUCCGGCAAGCCUGACCCGACUCUCGAUUCGUCGGCGUUGAGAAACCUAAGGAGCAUGUGUCCAAACAAAGACAUAGCUAACACCAAUCUUGCUCCUCUUGAUUAUUCAAGUACUUCUAAGUUUGAUAAUUCCUACUAUGCAAACCUAGUCAACAACACAGGCCUUCUUGAGUCCGAUCAAGCACUGAUGGCUAAUCCAAACACAGCUGCAGUUGUUAAUUCUUAUAGUUCAAACCCUUUUCUCUUCUCCAGAGAUUUUGCAACCUCCAUGAUCAAGCUUGGCAAGGUCGGAGUCUUGACUGGCACGGAUGGCCAGAUUAGGAAGACAUGUAGAUUUGUCAACUGAUAUAUACAUAUAUAUAUAUAUAUGGAACUCUCGGAAUAUAGAAGAACUCUUAUAAAUAGUGCUGUUUUACUUAUGUUUCUACAUA